AUGUCAUGUUCAAAAAUAUUUUCAGGAGAUUUACCUGAAUUAACAUAUAAAAUUAUAAAAUAUUUUCAGAAUGAUUAUUCAACUUUACAUUCAUGCAUUUUAAUUAAUAGAUUAUGGUGUCGCCUAACGAUUCCAUUAUUAUGGGAAAAUCCAUUUUCAAUUCCUACAAAUAAUUUUAAUUUUAUUGAAACUUAUUUUAAAACGAAAUUAAAUGAAUCUAAAAUUAAUAAUGAUUCAUUAUUAUUACCUUCAAAUACAUUAUUCAAUUAUCCUAAAUUUUUAAAAUAUUUGUAUACAUAUAAAUUUACUUUUUGUAUUGCGAAAUGGUUAGAAACUUCAAAACCUAAAAUUGGAUUAUAUUCAGUAACUGGGUUAAAUGAUAUGUGUAUAUCAUUAUUUAAAAUAUUUAUUGAAAAUGAAGUAAAUUUACAUACCCUAGAAAUUGAGGUCUCAAGUACUUAUUAUAAUACAUGUCUUGAUAAGAUUCUUGAAUUAAUUUUACAGAAUAAAAAUUUUAUUCAUAAUAUUAAAAAUUUGAAACUUUUUAUCGGAGAUUAUGAUGAAUUUAAAUUAAUUAAAAAUCGUAUAACAGAAAUAAUUAAUUUACAACAAAAUCUUAAGAAAAUUUUAAUAGGUUAUGAUGAUUUACCUUCAUAUCAAUCAUUAUUAUUAUUAAAAGAAUAUAAUUGUUCAAAUACUUUAAAUACAAUCACUUUUUAUCAUGUUAAUUUUAAUGAUAUAUUCAAUUUUUAUAAAAUAUUUGAACAAUUAAAUGUUUUAGAAUCUGUUAAUAUUCUUUAUUGUUCUUUUUUAAAUACUGAUUUUAUUCAACAAAUUAUUAAUUUAACUAAACCAUUUAAAUUGAAAUCUUUAUUUAUAAAUGAAUUAUUUCAAAUUGAAUCAUUACAUUUAUUAUUACAAAAAUCUGGUGAUUCUUUAGAAAAUUUCGGUUUCGAUUUUAAUCGUAAUACAAUACCAAGAAAAAUAUUAUUAGAAUUAUUUAUAAAAUAUUGUAAAAAUAUUAAAUUUCUUGAUUUAUUUGAAUUUGAAAUUCAAAUUACUUAUAAAAUAUUUGAUUUAAUUGAAAGUAUUAAAAAAAAUCUUAAUUAUCUUUCAAUUCAUAUAUGGGAAGAUAAUCGUCAUUUAUCAAUUGGUAAUUCAAUAAUAUUACAAAAUUUAGGACAAAUUCUUCCUAAUAAAUUAGAAUAUAUAAAUUUGUCUCUUGUUAUUAAAGAAAAUGAUUUUAAAGUUUUCUUGGAAAAUUCUCAAGAUAUUUUUAUUAAUAAAUUAUUAAUAUUUCGACAAGGUGGUAGUGAUGAUAUUUUACCUUAUAUAAAGAAAUAUAUUAUGAAGGAAAAAAGAGUUAGAUAUUUAGCUAUUGAGAAUAUUAAAAAACGUAGAGAAUUAUCUGAUUUGAAAGAUAUAGUAAAGGAAUUCAAGUUACAUAAUAUUAGAAUUCAAAGUUAUAGAGAUUUAUCCAUUAAUUUUGAUGAUUUUACAAUGAAUAUUGAUUAGUUUCAUGCAUAUGUGUUAAUAAAAGUUGCUUAAUAAAUUUAUUUAUUAUUGAGAAAUUUUUUUAUUCAUGACGAUUUUAUAAAUAUGAAAUCAAUGGACCUAGGGUUGGAUCAGUCUGUUCCGGUCCGGUCAACUUUUUCGGCAGUCAGGACCGGUCCAGCGGUCCAUGGCUAGUCUUUUGGCCUAUAUCACU